AGCAUAUCGCUAAUCCCAAACCAGAUCUAGAUCUGAUUAACGAAGAGUAGCAACACUGCUUGAUCUUGUAAGAAAUCGAUUCAAAGAUUUUUCUCCACGUCAUGUCUUCUUCAACUUCAAGGGACCGUUUGGUGGAUGCUCUUCGUAUGAAGGGUGGAGAUGGAAAACACAGCUACGCUAAUAAUUCACUUAUUCAGAAAGAUCUUUUAUGCAAAACAAAAUUGAUAGUGGAAGAAAGCAUAAAAGAAAUGCUGUUGAAAAUGGAUUUUCCAGAGUGCAUCAAAGUGGCUGACUUGGGCUGUUCUUCCGGGCAAAACACGUUUGUAGCCAUGUCCCAAAUCGUCAACGCGAUCGUAGAGUCGUACCAACAAAAUGGUCGAAACUCACCGGAGAUCGAUUGUUGCCUAAACGACCUUCCAGAGAACGACUUUAACACAACUUUUACACUGAUCCCUUCUUUCCACGAGAAGCUCAUGGACACAAACGUUAAAGGAACAUGUUUCGUGUCAGGAGUCCCAGGGUCUUUCUACACAAGGCUUUUCCCAAGAAAGUCUCUUCACUUUGUUCAUUCAUCGUAUAGUAUCCAUUGGCUCUCUAAAGUUCCUGAUGGGAUUGAAGAUAACAAAAAGGACAUUUAUCUUAGAGGUCCAUGCCUUCCGAACGUGUACAAGAGUUACUUGAAUCAGUUCCAAAAUGAUUUCUCUUUGUUUCUAAGAAUGCGUUCGGAAGAGAUUGUGACUAAUGGAGGUAUGGUUCUCAUGUUCUUGGGUAGAGAAGCUUCUGAUCCAUUGUCUAAAGACUGUUUUGGGAAUAUGUCGUUGCUAUCUGAUUCCCUCAAUGACCUAGUCUCCGAGGGUUUGGUGAAGGAAUCGGAUGUGGAAUCUUUUAACUUGCCGUUCUAUAAUCCGGACGAAGGAGAGGUGAGAGAGAUUGUUAGGAAUGAAGGAUCAUUCGAGUUUAACAAAUUCGAUAAGUUUGAAUUUCCUUUUCCACCAAAGACGGUGGAAUGUGAAGAAGAAGGGCGUUACGUCGACCAAUCACGUCGACUGGAAAAUGCUAAAAUGUUUGCAAGGAGCACUAGAUCCAUCACAGAAUCAAUGCUUGUUGCUCAUUUUGGAGAUGCUAUUAUUGACCGUUUGUUCAACAAGCUAGCACAUCUUGCUGCUCAGAUCUCGAGCAACCGUUACAAAACGACCGUUCAAUGUGUCGUUUCACUGACUAGGAAAUAAAACAAACUUGUUUCGAUUUUACGUACCUGAGAAUGUUUGUGUGUGUGUGUGUGUUUUUGGAGGGUUUGGUUUUUCUUGGUGAUGGAACAAAUGUGCUUAUGAUCCACGUACUAUUGCGUUGGUGAACAUGCACAAUGAAUGGUUUUAAUUGUGGCGAUGCUAUUCAAUUAAUCAUUGUUACUUUUUUUUUUCCUUUUUCUUUUUCAUGUCAAAUUAUUGUUAUUUAAUAACUUUUCUUUAUAUGUCUUAUAUUUGUUUAUUUU